AGGAGACACCGGAAGGCUCGUGCCGUCCUCCGCGUCACCGCCUCCCAGGACGCGCGCACAUCAUUCUACCAUCAUAUCACCUGCUCACUACUGGGAGUAAACAGUCUGUAUACAGACUAAACCAAAGCUUCCGCCCCAGUCACCGUCGGUCCUCUGCAGCGGUUUUGUCCGGUAGCCGGUGUUUUGGAUGUGUCGGCCGGUGUUCGCGGUGCUGCUGACCGCCGGUCUGUGCUGCGCUCCGCCCGCGUGCGGCGGCGCGGCGGCCAGGAGCCAGCAGCUCAACUACCGACCGGUCAUCGGUGUGUUGGCACAGGAAAACCUUCCAGGAGACCAGUUUGCUCAAGGUUCCUCUUACAUCGCCGCUUCAUACGUGAAAUACCUGGAAGGAGCCGGAGCAAGAGUCGUACCCAUCAGAAUUAAUCGCACAGAAGAAGAAUAUACUAAGAUAUUCUACUCCAUAAAUGGAUUGUUGCUGCCUGGAGGAGAUGUAGAUAUUCAGACGUCUCAGUUCAGUCGAGCUGCCAGGAUCUUUUACGACUUGGCUUUGAAGGCCAAUGAUGCUUCAGACUACUUCCCUAUCUGGGGAACCUGUCAGGGUUUCCAGCAGCUGGUUGUCCUCACAGCCAACAAGAACCUGCUAACGCUGACCGAUACCAAGGCUGUUGCUCUACCUCUCACAUUCACACCAGCCCAGUCCAGCCGUUUGUUCCGGAGCUUUCCCAAAGACCUGCUCCAGGCUCUGGCUGAAGAAAACAUUACAUCCAACUUCCACAGCUGGAGCCUGUCUCUGCAGAACUACAGCCGAAAUGCCAAGCUGAAGAGGUUCUACAAGGUCCUGUCCACCAACAAUGAUGGAAAGAAGGAAUUUAUCUCCACCAUGGAAGCCUACCGUUACCCAUUUUAUGCAGUGCAGUGGCAUCCGGAGAAAAGCCCCUUUGAAUGGAUUGAUAAACCUGGCAUGGUCCACUCCACUAAUGCUAUAAAAGCCUGCUUCUACACUGCCAGCUUCUUUGUCUCUGAAGCCAUGAAGAACCACCAUCAUUUUUCCAGCCCUUCAGAGGAGGAGGCGGCGCUCAUCUAUAACUUCUCUCCUGUCUUCAGAGGCACCGGCGCUGUUUUUGUGCAGAACUAUUACUUUGACUGAUGGAAGAAAUCGAAUGCAUCUCACAUUCAGAGUCACAGAGUCAUUAGACUUUGUCAUUAUCGGAAACAUGCUGCCCCAAGACAAAAAUUAAACAUGACAGAAUAAUCCCAAAUAUAAGGUCACCUGUUAGCAGUUUAUUUCUGUGUAUUUGCAUGAAAAAAACACAGUUAUGAGAGGCAGUGAUAACCAGUACAGGAAGGAAAUAAUGUUACAUACAUCAUAUGUAUUUUUUCAAAACGUAGUACGCAAAAUAAAGGUAUGAAAAUCCACACUGGCAGUAUAUUUAACAAGAUAUACAGAAAACCUGAAAGUUUAAUUGGGUUCAACAGGAAUUGAUGUAUAUUUCAUUUAAUUGCUACUCUGUCUGUGUUCAUCAGUGUAAUGGUACAGGUGUUUGUGUAAGAUGCUGACUCACAAACUGACUCUAUGUACAGUCACUUUUAGCCAAUUAAUAAGUUACACACAAUGUACUGUUAAAUGUAAGACUGAUUUUCAAAGCCAAUCAUAACUUUUCACAGCUUAUGUCAAGGACAUCUUCAUUAGCUUUACUGCAAAAGAUGAAAGCUGCAGACAGCACAAUGAAAUCAACCACAAGGAAUAUUAAACAAUUUUGCAACCAGUAA